GCGGAAGUCGCCAUUAAACAAAAGGAUCUCCUGAGUGGGGGGUGUUGAGAACGAGGAACAGAGAGAGAGCUGGGACAGGCCAGGGGUUUAAGGGGGAGGAGAUAAUCGGGUGAAAGAUCGAGCUGAGCCUUGUGCGAAGGGGGUUGUGAAAGCGGAACGCUGCAGGCCUACAGAACGGAGAAGAAGCGGUGAAGGCCUCAGGCUUGAGGGGGAGGCGCCGAGCCUCAUUAUAAGAAGCGGGAGAGACGGCUGGGAGCUGAGAACGUAGCGCCUUCGUGUGUCACAUCCGCCCACACCGGGGAUAUGAUGUUUCCGCAAAGCAAUAGCCGACACUCGGGCUCCUCUCACCUGCCCCAGCAACUCAAGUUCACAACCUCCGAUUCCUGUGAUAGGAUUAAAGAUGAGUUCCAGUUGCUUCAGGCACAAUAUCACAGUCUAAAAUUGGAAUGCGACAAGUUGGCCAGUGAGAAAUCGGAGAUGCAACGACACUACGUCAUGAAUUUCUGUUCUCUUCAGUAUUAUGAGAUGUCAUAUGGCUUGAACAUUGAAAUGCACAAACAGGCUGAAAUUGUCAAAAGGUUAAAUGGAAUUUGCGCCCAGGUUUUGCCUUACCUCUCCCAAGAGCAUCAGCAACAAGUCCUGGGAGCCAUUGAGAGAGCAAAGCAAGUGACUGCUCCAGAACUGAAUUCCAUUAUUCGUCAGCAACUUCAAGUUCACCAGCUGUCUCAGCUACAGGCUCUUGCCCUCCCUCUCACCCCUCUACCUGUGGGUCUGCAGGCACCCUCUCUGCCUGUCAGUGCAAGCAGUGGCCUUCUCUCUCUGUCUGCACUAGGUUCCCAAGGACAUCUUCCCAAAGAAGACAAGAAUGGUCAUGAUGGGGAUGCUCGGCCUGAUGACGACGGAGACAAGUCAGAUUAAGAUAUGGAGGAAAUUUAGAUGGAUAAAGGUGCAGCGCAGUGGUAACUCUAGCACUGUUUAGUGGAGUUGCAUUGUAGAGUGUUAUGCCAACGUGCACUGGAAAGUCUCUUUUGUCAAAACAGUUAACAAAGCAAGACUGUCAGCCAAGAGAUCCGCUGUAUAUGUUAUUGGACUAUGAAAACCUAUAUAUAUAUUUGGAAUGUAAUGCAAAUUGUAUUGUAAAUUGGCUAAUAAUUUUACCAAAAGCACAAACUCACAAUUUUUAUACAAAACUCAUGUCAUCAUAUUGCUUUGGUUUAAGGACCAUUUUGAACUGUUUAAGGUAUUUUGUGUGGCUUUUUUUUUUUUUUUUUUUGCAGACCAUAUACUAAAUAUAACCUGGUUGGCCCAAAAUGUGCAACUCUGUAAUUGCCUGUCUACUUAUACAGAUCAUUCCUGGCAAAUGGCAGUAGUAGUUUCCCCAUAUUAUUAUAUUUGGAAACUAUUCUGACCACAUGUGGCACAAAGUAGAGGUAGGUUGAACCAGUAUGCAGCUAACAGUUUAUUAGAAACCAAUGGCAAAACCAGCUUUACUGGCUUCAGGUGGGCAAUGCUACUGCUGUUCAUACAUUGAAAUAUUGUGGUGAGGCUGCCAUUAACCCUAUGUAGUUGCUCCCUCACUGCCCCAAAACCCUAGAUAGUCUUUCUCCCUUGUGAUGUCACUGCUUUAAACAUUGAGCGGCUAUUCUAUAGAAAAUUGUAAAUCAUCUCUUAAACUGACCUUAUACCUUGCAAUGUGAUCUAACCAAUCCUCUUUAGAACUUUGCAUAGUACAGGACUCUACAUAAUUGGUAAACUGGGUGCAUUGCUUUGAUAAAUCUUAAAGGAAAUGUCAUAUUCAGAUUGUAGGGUGUAUGGCCAGCUCUGAUUCUGACCCUUACAAUUCCUUGUCUGACAUGGCCCUUAUGCUGUGGUAGACACUAUUGGGAGGAGAAAAAGUUGUGUCUGUUAUAGGAGACUCUACUUUCUUCUAAAUUCCAGUAGGAGGAUCACGUCUGAAUUAUUGGUUUUAGUCGGCUUCUCUGCGGUCUUUCCUGUGGUUUUUAUCCAUUUGAUUUGUGUAAUGCCCAGAUCAAAACAAGGUUUUAAAAAUGUUUUUUACUUUUUCCAAUUCUGUUCUGAGAGAUUUUAAAAUGUCUGCUAUUUUGUAUUUGAGAAAUUUUUAAAGCAGAUUAUAUAUAUUUUAAGUGUAUACAUACUUUUGUAGCACUAAAGGGUAUUCAUUACCUCUGAAGAAAAUCUCAAUACUCCCGGAAAUACAUCUAAUCUUUCUGUUUUAGCAGAAGGCUGGUGCCAGUUAACAUUCAAGGUCAGCAUUUACUUCCUUGACUAAGAUGCCGGCCCAGGGAUGAUGCAGUCUGUAUCUAGUUCCUUAUACAGAUUAGUUCCUACUGCAGCAUCUCACUCUGGGACUUGCUAUAAAAAAAUACAGCUUGUCAUGACUGGGGGGAGGAGGAGGAGGAGUAGACUGAAGAAGCAGACUCUGAUGUUCUCCCAGUGUAAAUUUUCUAAAGCAAAUCUUAAGAGACCCUGCCUAAGCAGUUUAUUGGAAGGCGCUCAAGGCCUGUGUUUUAUUGAAUUGAGGUACAUUGUUUUUGAAAUUAUACUAGUACUGUGUGUUAUAGCAUACAAGCAAUUUAUUUUUGCAGAGUAGUGAAGUUACUGAAAGAUUCCCUUUAAAAAUGGCCUAAAUGUUGCUUAUGUUUUUGCUUUUUGUACUUUUUUUUUUUUUUCUUUUCUCUCUCUCUCUGUCAAGUAUAAUUUGGCAUAAUGGGAAUCUGUCAGGAUACAAAUAUGGGAGCUGCUUUCACUGACUUGGUUUUGGUUGAGCACUCUCCUGACCUAUACUUUACUACUUGGUGAGUUAUUUGUAUGGAACAAGCAUAUGCAGGUCAAGUGUCCAUACAUACUUGCACCUGAUCAGAGACUCUUAAGUAGUGAGAGAGGGACAAGGAUUACAGCUCUGGAUGUUGCACUUUUUUUUAGGAAUGGCAGUUCUCAUAAUUCUAUUCUGGCAUGUUUCUUGUAUAACCCUGUACCUAAUUUUAAAGUGCCAUUUUGAUCACCUUUCUACUGAUGCCUAGGUUAACCACUUGAUGGUUUGGAAAGCAAUACAGAUUAUGUACUCAAUAUAAUUUAAAGCCCCAGAAGAGAAUAAUAAUCUUGGGAUCCUAAAUAUGUCCCUCCUUAUUCUCAAAGAUGCAAGAAUCCUCUGUGUACCCCCCUCUCCCCCUGUAAUUCUGACUCCUAUCUAAUGAGUGAAUAUAGGGGAAAAAUGGCUGCUGACGUUUUGCUUCCUUGGUCACAACUUCUCCCCUAGCAAAGCGGAUUCGACAAGGAAGGUGCAGCAGCUUUUCGGUCCUCCUUGUGCUCCCCAUCUGUAGCCAUCUUUUUUUUUUUUUGUUUUUUUUUUUUGUUAGACUGAUAACAUUUUGCAAAGAAAAAGAGCACAGACUGGCUUAAUUGUGGCUCCAGUGUGAGAGCUGCUUCAUAUGGGGAUUAGUGCAAACCAAUAGACAGGUUUGGGUAUUUAUACUAGCCAUAUUUUAAAAAUGAAUUUUAUUAAACAUUUAACUGGGUUCAAGGGUGUAGAAAAAAAAGGGGGGGGGGUGGGGGACCAAAACAGUAAUUCAUAACAGAAAUCAUAAAUAAUUAGUUUACAAGAGACACUUUUUUUUUUUUUUUUUUUUUUUUAAAGCCUGGUUGCUGCUAGUUACUGUGCAUCAGUUCUCCUUGGACUGUUAAAAAAAAAAAUAUUGAUCACAGGAAGGCUGAUACAGGGUAAGUGAUUGCUAUGUGUUAAUGUUCUUAGCAAUUUUCAUACUGAAAUGGUUAACAUCAAAUGAUUAAGUUAACUUGUGGGGGCAAUUGCUUAUUGAAUUGGCAUUUUGCUAUUUCUAGUUUUAUGGCCCUUGUGGUUAAAAAUAUAGUGUUAUAUAAGGGAAUUCUCAGAUGGGCAAUCUGACAUGUUGUGCAUUUCUUAAUAGAAACACACAUUAGGUUUACCCCUUGCUGAGUAGCAUCAGCUCAACACCAGAACUAAUAAAAACUACACCCCCCCCCUUUUUUUUUUUUUUUUCUCAAAAGCAAGGAGAGCAGUCCAAAAAAAAAAAUGUCCUCCCUCCCCAAAAUCUGAUUGCCCUUAGUUGUAUGUACUUGUUUAAGAGUUCCAGUUUUCCCAAUUUGGUAAGCGGCAUUGAUAGUUCAGUAAAAUCUUUAACCUCUGUGUUCUGGAAAGGUUUGCAUUAUUCAGUCUCUGCAUAACAGCGCUGCAUCUUUAAUCCUGGUGUUUUGAAGAUUAUGUAAUAAACAAAAUAAAUACAAAUUUUAACCCCUAUUUGCCAAUAAUUUGCAUGGCAUUGUAGAAGGAUAAAAGCAAAAAUGACACCCCUCCAUCUAUUUGUAAAGUAGCUUGUACCCAGACCAGGUGUGUGCUCUGUAUAUAGUCCUAUAGAAAUGCUAAAGCACCUCCCUUAUAUACUUCUAUACUACUUCCUCCUUUUUGUUUUUUGUUUUUUUCUCUUAUGUUUUUUUUUUUUGUCUGAUCACUGACUGUGUUGGUAUUCUGUGUGGAGGGCGUGACUGUGCCUUUUUCAAUAAAUCGUUUUCAAUGCCUGCUCUGAA